GCCCCGCCUCGUGCAAGACAGAGCUCCCGAGGGGGACCUCACGGCCCACUCCAGCCGCACCAUGGUGACUUCUCUCUGGGGGCGUCCUUCUUCAUCCUGAGCUGUCUCCACCGCCCAGCCACCCUUAUCUGCUGAUGCACGUCUGGGUUGCCGCCUAUGCUUAGCGAUUGUGGGUAGAUACGAUCAGGGCAAAGCUGGGCACCAGCUUCUGUGUGGACGGAUCUGGAGCCCGAGCAAGCUCGCGGGACCGCGUCCCACAUGGUGCACUGUUGAAUGUACGGGGGUCUCUCCGCGUCCUGGCGAAGCUCCCUGCUGCUGUUCACGUCAGCCCUUGUAAUGGGGGUUGUUCAAGUCUUCUGAGUGGGUCCAGCUCCUGUCUUAUCGGCCACAGAGCACGAAUGUUUCCUCCCUGGGCUGCCGCCCAGGUGUUUACUGGAAACCCCUGAGGAACAAAGCGUCUCCGGAAGUGAACGUCACGUGGUGCCCUCCCCGUCACAAACUCUGCUUCCUGUGUGCCCCCCAGUUGCGGAGACGCCUUCCUGCUGCCACCCAUGGAGCACCGCGAGAGUUUGGCUGCCAGCGGUCCCCAAGGCCUGCGUGUGGCUUGGUCUCCGUGGAGGAGCCACUGGGUGGAAGAGAGGCUGCAAAGGCCUGGGGAGGUGUGCGGCCUUGGGGUCCCUGUGCAUGAGCCCCGGAGGAAGGCAGGAGCCUUGGCCCUUCUUGGUUCCCUUUGCCUGUAGGAAAGGAUCCCAGCAGCUUUGUGCCGCUGUGCACCCCACCAGGAUGCCUGCCUCACCACGGGCUCCAAACCACAGGGCCCAGCAGCCACAGACUGAAACCCCAAAUUGUGCCACCACAAACCGUCCCUCCUUACACAUCCGUUAUCUCAGGGACCUCGUCUCGGUGACGGAAAGUGGACGCUUGCCGCAGAGGAGACCUGUUGCAGACAGUGGAGUCACCAGCCGUCCGGCCCUCGUGAGCACAGGAGCUGCGAGGAAUGGCGUUGGUAGCUUAAUUUUAAUUAACUCAUUUAAACAGCCAUAUGUGGCUGUUAAAACGACCACCACACUAAUCAGCACAGGUUAGACGUUUCGCAGCUCCGCCUCUGCCCCAGUCUCUCCAGCAUCCAGCUGUGGCUCUUUGCUGAGGUCUGUGGUGCACUUCGAAUUGGUGUUUGUGUGCGGUGUGCAGUAAGAUGGGUGCUGUCUUAGUGCGUGGUGCAGGGAGGGCCCCAGGCCUCCUGAACGCUAGGGAGGGCGCUGCCUCGGAGCCACCCCAGGCCAGGCCCAUGCGCACAUCUUCCCGCAUGCAGGGCCCACUGUUCUUGAGCCCUCGGGUGAGAACUGUCUUUUUCCCCCUCGGGGUCACAGCUCCGGUGUGUGUGGUCCGCUGUCCACAGUGAACAGGUCUGAGCAGGUCUGCGUCUCCUCCGUGUCUCCAGACCGACUCUGAGUCCGCUGCUCAGUUUCUACAGACUGAAAAGCCUGUGGAGAGUUCGGACUGCACUGACCCAGACCGUCAGGGAGGAUGUGUACGAUGACGAGCCCUCAGGCCUAUGGACAAGCAUCUCCCGACUCCCGUUCAUUGAGAUGUUUAUUUUCUCAGCCAGCUUUCGUAGUUCUUUACAGACACUAAUCUCUCCCUGUAAUGUUUCAUUAUUUUUGGCGUAGAGCACAUUUUCAAUUAGUUUAAUUCUUAGGCACUUUACAAUUGUUUGAUGUUAUUGAAAGUAGUGUUUUUAAACUUUGUUUUUUUUCUUUUUUUUUGGUACCGGGAAUUGAACUGAGGACCUUGUGCUAAGCGCCAAACACGCACUUAUGCCUUUGAGCUAUAUCCCCAGCCCUUUUUUUUUUUUUAACUGUGUUUUGUAAGUGUGAUAGUCAAAUGUGGUGUGGACAUGAAUAGGAAGUGCCGGCCGAUUGGCUCAGCACAGCUCUGGCUGCGUCUGGACGAUGAAUGUACUGAGGAGGGAAGACCCAGGCUGGGUGCUGGUGGCUGGGGGCCUGGAGGGAAUAAAGGGAAGAAGGGAGGGGAGCGGGACUCAGCCCUCACCGCUGCUUCGGGUGUCUGUUUCUGGCUUCGGCACACUCUUCAGCUUCCUGAUCUGGAGGGGUGCGGGACUCUGCAGUGAGCUCCAUGGCUUCGCCCGGGCAGGACGGUCAGCUGUCCAGCUCACAGAGGGCCUUUACCGCCCUCACCUGGCUCCACAUGCGGCCACGGUCACUGAACAUCAGCUGAGGUGGCUCCUUACUUGUGGAUCUCUUCUGGGGAGUCAAACUCUCCCUUAUGUGCGUCAUAGUCCUGGAAGACGAGCCGGGCUGUCCACUUCUGGGACCCCUUUGAACACUGGUGGGGGGCUGCUGUGCCAGCUCUUCCUUCCAGGUAGAGGUCACCUUUGGUCUCCUCCAGGAUCCUCUGUGAGCCUGGGUGGAACAAUGCCCUCCGGCCAGGCCGAGGAGAAGCAGGUGCCUGAGGAGGAGCCCCGGCCCGGCCUGGAGCACAAGGCCUGGCGCUGCCUGGUGUUCUUCCUCUGCUUCUAUGGCUUCAUGGCACAGAUGCGGCCUGGGGAGAGCUUCAUCACUCCCUACCUCCUGGGGCCCUGCAAGGACUUCACCAAAGAGCAGGCAACCAACGAGAUCAUGCCGGUGCUGACCUACUCUUACCUGGUGGUGCUGGUGCCCAUCUUCCUGAUCACUGACUACCUGCGCUACAAGCCGGUGCUGGUGCUGCAGGGCCUGAGCUAUGUGUGCGUGUGGCUGCUGCUGCUCUUCGGCAGCUCGGUGCUGCACAUGCAGCUCAUGGAGGCCUUCUACAGCGUUACCAUGGCCGCCCGCAUCGCCUACUCCUCCUACAUCUUCUCACUGGUGUCCCCUGCCCGCUACCAGCGCAUGGCCAGCUACUCCCGGACCGCAGUGCUGCUGGGGGUCUUCACCAGCUCGGUGCUGGGCCAGCUGCUGGUCACAGUGGGCCGCGUGUCCUUCUCUGUGCUCAACUACAUCUCCCUGGGCUUCCUCAUCUUCAGCCUGGGCCUGGCUCUCUUCCUGAAGCGCCCCAAGCGCAGCCUCUUCUUCAACCGCAGCGUGCCUGUCAGGGGGGCCUCGCCCUGUGAGCUGGACCAGACAGAGCCCUGUGUGGGCCAGCCGGAGCCCCGUGGGAGGCUGGGGCGCAUGCUGCACACCUGCAGGGACCACUUCCUGGUGCGUAUGCUGUGCGAGCUGAUGGCCAACCUGCGGCUGCCGCAGCUGCGCCUCUGGUGCCUCUGGUGGAUCUUCAACUCGGCUGGCUACUACUUGAUCGUCUACUACGUGCACAUCUUGUGGAACACAGUGUACCCCACUACUGACAGCACCCAUGUCUACAACGGUGCAGCUGAUGCUGCCUCCACGCUGCUGGGCGCCAUCACGUCUUUCGCCGCGGGCUUCCUGAAGAUCCGCUGGGCCCUGUGGUCGAAGCUGGUCAUCGCAGCGGUGACUGCUGUCCAGGCCGGGCUGGUCUUCCUCAUGUACUUCACCACCAACAUCUGGCUUUGCUAUGCUGCCUUCGUGGUCUUCCGUGGAGCCUAUCAGUUCCUCGUGCCCAUUGCCACUUUCCGGAUUGCAUCUUCCCUGUCUAAAGAGCUGUGUGCGCUGGUCUUUGGGAUCAACACAUUCCUGGCCACUGUUCUCAAGACCUUCAUCACACUGGUGGUCUCCGACAAGCGAGGCCUGUCCCUCAAAGUCCAGAGGCAGUUCCAAGUCUACUCCGUGUACUUCCUGGUGCUGUCUGUCAUCUACUUCCUGGGAGCACUGCUGGAUGUCCUGCAUCACUUCCAACAGAGCCACCACCAGCCCCUGCCCGUGGUCCAGGAGUUGCAAAGCCCCUCAGAGAAGGCUGUGCCGGUGCUGAGUGUGCAGGAUGGAGCUCCGCCGCUGCCCCCAGAGGACUGCGUGGAGGACAACGUGGAGGAUGGCAUGGGGCCCACAGGGGCAGGGGCCAAGGCCUGACCGCCAGCCUCUUCUGCCUCAGCCCGGCAGGUGGAAUGACUCCCAAGCAGAGGCAGCGCCUCCCAUUUGCCAUCCUGACCCAGUCCUGGCUGGAGACCCGGGCCCGUGUCCAGCCAGGUCGUCAGUACCCCGGCACUGAGGACGCGAACUGUGACACAUGACUCUCUGUGGUCCUACAGGGACCCAAGCCAAGGGCGCACCUGUCUUUGCCUAGGGGCCUUUGCUGCUGGCAGCUGUCAAGCCCCCUUGGCCCUGCAUCACACUCAGCGGUGGCUGGAGCCUGCUGGGGAUACUCGGGUCAACUGGCCGAUGGACCCCACACACGCAGUGGGCCUAGGCUGCCUGUUUGCCGGGAGGGGUAGCAUCUCCCAUGUCCACCAGGCCUCUGCCUUCACCCUGAGGGAGGGGGGAGCCAGUCUGGCUCCAGGGAUGGUGAGGUGGGGAUCACUGUCCCCAAGUCCUAGGCUUGGGGGGGCCCUUCCCUAGGGCCUGGCUAAACUGUGACAAUUCUAAACUGUCCUCAGGGUCCUGGGCCUCCAGAGCGGGUGGGAGCCGCUCGGAGGCUGUGGCUGAACAGUGACUCUUCUGCUUGUCUUAGGUGCUUGCAUACGUGGAUGAUGCUGGUCUGUGUGGCCCCUCCAUUGUGUGCGAGAAGCUGCCUGGCAGGGGCAGGGAGAAGCUCCAGGUCGCUGGCCUGAUCCCUUCAAUGUGACUCCUGCUCUUGCCCUGGGCUGGUCCUGCCCUCUUUCAGAGAGGAGCGUGCAGCUCAUGGGGACCAAGGGCACAGCCUCCCGCAAGCUGGGCUUGCCUGGAGUACAGGGCCUUGGGGUGGGUGUCUUCCUAGUGUGUGUAUUCAGCAGCGAGUCCUGUGCAUUCCUCUCUGUGUUGAAUGCUUUUCUCAGACACGUUAAUUAAACACCAUGAACCUG